AUGACUGUCAGCUUCUUGUGCUCGAUGGUGCUCCUAGUGCUUCUGAAUCGCUCGACCGAAGCACUGUUUUUUCGCUACCCGAAGAGGGCGAUCAUGAGUUUCCUCGAGUCGUUGGGCGGCCAGAAGGAGAUGAAGCCUCCGAUUCACCACUAUCACAUGCAUUACUACCCGGUUCCCCUGGUACUGCCCAAACCGGCACCUCCGCCGAAAAUCGAGAUCGACUUGUCUUCACGUUACAGUGGUCACAAUCAUUUUCGCUCGCUGAGCUGGACCAGCCAGGACUUGAACAAACUCCACGAGCCGGAAAUCACGGUAAUUUCGUCCAACGGUAACCCUGAACCAUCGCCGCCUUGGGUUUCGUCACUUUCGGAGUCCAACGGCUGGCCCGAUCCCUACCAGCAAAAGUCCUCCUGGGCCUGGGACAACAACGAACUACUCGAGAAGGAUCAGGUGUAUAGCGAAGCUAAACCGUCGGGCAUUUUGCUGCAGGUUCCGUUGCGACAGCAAAUCGUCCUUUACCAGCCCCCGUCGGCCAAAGACAAUAAAUCGAGUUUGUUGACGGUACUGUUGAAGAAACUCAGGCGACUCAACGACGCGCUGUUCCACCUGGAGCACGAGGAUAACGCCCACAAGCAACACCACGACGACCGACCCCUCGUCGCCAACUCGUUGACCUAUGCCACCGCUCAGGCAUCUUGUGUGAUCAGUUCUAUCGGCGACAUCGGAGCUGCCUUCGUCGUGACCAGGAUUAUACCACAGGGAAAAGUUCUGGCCAUACUGAAAGUCGAGGAAAGCAACGUGGCAAAGAUCGUGAGAGGCCAGUCCGGAAGUCGACUUGUUUCAUAUAACCAAGAGUUUGUAGUAAUAUACAAGUAA